CAGAGACAGACAGACGGACUGCGUGAAUGACUGGGGGGAAUCUAGCUUGGACAACUGCUCUACCACAUACUCCAAACAAGAACUGUUGUCUUUGCUUUCCAGUUAGGCGGAGAGAGAGAGAGAGAGAGAGAGAGAGAGAGAGAGAGAGAGAGAGAGAGAGAGAGAGAGAGAGAGAGAGAGAGAGAGAGAGAGAGAGAGAGAGAGAGAGAGAGAGAGAGAGAAGGGGGACAUAGAGUGAAAAAGAGGGAGAAAAGAGUCAUUACGGAUCAUUUUUGCGGGGAAUAUUCUUCACCACAACUUGUUUAUUCUUUCUUUUUCCUUUGUGUCCUCCCUCUUUUCUCAAAUCUCGAUGCUUUGCUUUGGAAUUUUUCCUCUAAAUUCACCAUCUUUCUCUCCAGACCUCCGUCUGCUCUGUCCUUUCAAACGGUCACCUCAUUGCAUCUGUGUGAGAGAACAGCUGGUUGUCUCCAGAACUUUACAACAUAAACUGAGACAGACGCUUUCAGAGGUUCAUUUGGACUAAAAUCUGAAUCAAACCCAGCUUUGGAAUGAAUUUGACCAAGUCCAGUUUCCCUCAGGAGCCCAGAACUCUUCUUCAUCCGAGCCGGGUCUCUGAUGGGGGUCCGUGGGCAUCCAGGACCCUGAGCCCAUCUUCUGAUUCAGAGGUGGGUUUCGAUCAGGACCUGUCAGGGAGCUGCGAUUCUCCCGACAGCCUCGGGAUGGGGCCCAGGUCAGUGAGGAGAACAGAACCAAGGAUUUCUCUCGGCUCCGGCUGUGGAUCAGUCGGUUCUGGGGAACAGAGCCCUGACCCCGGCCGAUCAGUAAGCACAACGACAGGCAUGGCUGAGAGCAAGACGGUGGGCUCCGAGCAGAGGAUCCGCAGACCCAUGAAUGCCUUCAUGGUCUGGGCGAAAGAUGAGAGGAAACGCUUGGCCCUGCAGAACCCUGACCUCCACAACGCUGUACUCAGCAAGAUGCUUGGCCAAUCCUGGAAGGUCCUGAGUGCUACCGACAAGCAACCAUUUGUGGAGGAGGCAGAGCGCCUUCGUGUUCAGCACCUCCAGGACCACCCCAACUACAAGUACCGCCCGCGCCGCAAGAAGACCACCAAGAAACUCAAACGUGUUGAACCAGGGAUCCUACUUCACAAUUUAGCCCACGGCAGGGCAUCGGGCUUGGGGCUAGGGCCUAGAAUUGCCCCCUUGAAUGGAGAAAAUGUUCCUAGUGGGUCUGCUUAUGGACCUCCAGGAGCCCAUCCUCUGCACCACCCUCACGCUCACCUGCUCCCUUCCCUGGGGCACUACAGGGACCUGGCACCCCUGGGUCAUACAGAGGUGGAGAGCUAUGGCCUGCCUACACCAGAGAUGUCCCCUCUGGAUGUCUUGGAGGACGGAGGGGGGGAGUCUAUCUUUUUUCCCCCACAUAUGCAGGAAGAGGCUGGGAUAGGGGGUUGGACCGGGUAUCACCAUGUCCACCAUCAUAGCCAGCAUUAUAGCCACCAUAGCAACCAUCACUACAGCAACCAUGGUCACCUCAGCUCUCUUCAUGGUGCAGUACCACACAGCCAGGCUGGAAUGAGUGUUACUACCAGCAUACCCUCCAGUAUGGGCUCCAGUUUGAAUCAUGGCGACAGUUCAGCAGUUGAUUCUAGAAUGAAUUCUGGUAAUUCUAGAAAUACCCCCAGCCUGAGUUUAGUCAGUUCUACCUUGAGUUCGAGCAGCGGUUUUGCUAGUUCCAUUGCAGCAAAUUCUGUUGAUGCUAGAAUGGAUCCCACUCAUAGCUCUGGUGCCAGUUCAGGUCACCAUGUCAACCUGAGUAGUCCCAUGAAGUGCCCACCCCCUCCUCCAGAUUCUUCAACCGCUUCCUACCCCCAGCCAUCCAUCAGUCUCUCCGAGCCAAUCAAAUCCAACCAAACUCCCUUGAACACAGCCCCUCAUGGCUACUUCAGCCAAAUGUAUGGGAGCAACACCCAUAACCCCACCCACUUUACCCUCUCCCAUCUGGGGCAGCUUUCCCCUCCUCCUGAAAACUCCUCCUCCUGUUCCUCCUCUUCCAUCCCUCCCUCAUCCCUCCUCCCCUCCUCUCACUUUGAUUCAUCCAAUCCUGAGUCUUCCUGCCCCUUAGGCCCUUCCUCAGCUGAGUUCUGGUCCGAGGUGGACAGACAAGAAUUCGACCAGUAUCUGAGUGUCAGCCGGACACGUGGCGAGGCUUAUGGUCUGAGUGGGGGUUGCGGAGUCGGGUCUAAAGUUCUGAGUGGACGUACUCAUAGCAGUGGUUGCAGCAAUAUGAACAGUAGCGUUAACAGUAGUAUUGGUAGGGAUGUCAGUAGCAUUAUCAGUAGUAGCGUAUGUGAGGAAGGAAACAGCCCCCUCAUAUCUGCUCUAUCUGAUGCCAGUAGUGCUGUCUAUUAUAGUGCCUGUAUCACUGGAUAAGUGUUAUAUCUUGCCUAUGACAUCAUUCCACAAUGUAGACAGUGUUUGGUCCAAUUUUAACUAAACCUUUAUGAUGCCAGCAGUUAUGUCCAGAUCAGGGAGUUAAAGUUUAUGUCACAUCUUACUUUUAUUUUUUUAAGUUUAAAAGGCCAGCCUGCAUGACUCAAUUUCAGCAUAAUAAUGUCCAACCAUUGGCCAAGACUGUGCAGUUUUACAUCCAACCAUACUCCACAGUGGCUUAUUUCACUGAUCGGUCCCCCCCACCCCUCUCUAUAUGAAGGUGUGUUGGUCAGUGAAAAUAAUGUAUUGACUGGUAUCAACAAAAGCCUGAAUACCCGUGGUGGUUGAUAGAACAUAUUUAGGCACCUUUAAGAUAGAGUCCUCUGGCUUUGUUUCCUCGGGAUCUUUUAUUGUAUUGUCUCUUGAUAACCUGGAUCUACCACUAAUGGGAAUCUGUAAUAGCAUGGCCGCUGCUAGUAUACUGUGUGUGACUAAAGAACUAACCGCUGCACAGUCCUUGUCUCACUGGAUAGAUACUUCCUGGCCUUGGUAAGCUAGCUAUGGGGCUAGAGUCUGGUUUAACCUGAAAGUUUGUAUGUGCACUCUCCAGAGCACAUUGAGAACCCCCCACCUAAGUCCUGCCCAAACCACCAACCCCCUGCUCACAGACACACAAGCAUCAGGUGGAUUAUGGGACAUGAAUUCCCACUCAAACUGUGUAUUAUGGUGAUCCCACAACCACCACAAAUCACCUGUUUAUCAUCUCAUAUAAUUUUCGAUGUUUUAUCUCAGGACUGGACAUACGUGCAUCUCCACGGGACUUUGUAAGCUAAAUAAGUUGGGGACGGACACUCGAUACCAAAAACAGAAGAUGGUAAAUGGAGAGGGGAUGGAUUUAUAGAUUCAAUUGAAGACAGACUUGAAUCAGCCUCCACAUAUCAACCCAUAGUAAUGUUUGGACAGUUCUGGCCAUGGGCCCAAAAUGGUUACCCACAAGCUAUUAGAAUAUUUUAGGAAAGUUAGGUUGGGUUUUGUUUUGUUUUGUUUUUUCUCACUGAAAUACAUGCCUGUCUCUUUGUCUGAGAGAAAUUCACAUUAAACUUGAUGUUAAAAUCUGGCCGUUCAAAGUUGUCCCGUUUGUUUGCAUGCAUGCCUUGUAGAACAUGACUUGCGAACCUUUUCAGAAUAUGGAAGGUCCUCAUGUACAUUUGGCAUACAUACUAUUCACCAAGUAGCUCUUUUUUUCAAUAAACUGGUAGAUUGUAAGAACGAUUCACACCGUAGGCUAUUGCCUUGUUUGUAAUUUGGUGAGAAAAGAGUUCAGGUAUAACAUGGUCCAAGAAAAAGAAGAAAACAGGUAAAGAAAUAUUUGCUGAAAAGCAAGGCAACAUUAAACUGUUCUUCUUUCUUUUUUUUCUUUUAGUUUAACAUUCUCUCCCAUACAAAGAGGCAAAGACAGAAAGGCUAUUAAUUUCCAGAAUUACCACAGAAGUAUUACUUUUUCAGGAUAAAAUGUGGAUCAGGACAGAACGAUGUGUGUUUCUGGGGUUUUCCUCUAAUUCGUCUUCUUCUGCUAAAAGUGUGGCAGCAGGAUUUCCUGAGCCUUUGUCUCUGGAGGGGGCAGAAUUUAUUAUUUGGGACUAAAUCACCACUUGUCAUUAAAUGUUACUGGAACCGAGAUGUUGACAGUGUCAGUUCUUAAUCUCAAUUUAUUCAGUCAGUUCUUUGAUGGACAUUCAUUCAUCUCAGAUGAGAAAAUUGAACACCUUUGCAUCAGAUGCCUUGAACAUAGCCCACAGAAACGCGAACGCAUCUUCGAUUAAGUGUGAUUGGGGGUGUGUGACCAUAUCUUUAAAUGAUGCUCCAGUGUUUGUAUUUUACUGAGCUGUUUACUGCGUAUACAAAUGUUGUCUUAAGUCAUUUAUAUGUGAGGGAGAAUUUACAAGAAAGAAAUUUAUUCUCUUUGCACUGGGCCAGAUAUUUCCGCUGUAUAGAAGAACACUCUGUUUGAAAAGAACAAUCACAAUGAAAACUAUUAUUUUGUUUCUUGUAAAAGAAAAAGGGGCUUUUUUUUGUCUUAAGUUGUUUUCCAGUCAGAUGGAGCAAUGAGUUUUUGUGUAUAAUCAGUUACGUAAGAAUAAGUAUGUGGACCAAGGAAAAUUUGUCCAUCUUUGCCAUCACAGGUCCACAAGUCGGAUUAACGGCCUGCAUGCCAACCUGAUCAACCUUUGCUCACUGUACCAAUAUGUACCUAUGUGGCUGUGUGUAAAAUGUGAAUUGGUGAGUUUGUUUUCUGUAAAAUAAAUCAACACAGGU